AUGCAGCUCAUGCCCGCCUUGUGCCUACUGUGGUUGCGGAGCGCUGCUCCCCCUCUGCGUGUUACCCGUGGGCCUGCUGCCAGCGCUCUGCCGGCGGUGGGUUUGGCGCUUACUUUGUGCAAGUGCUCAGCCGAGCCUGCGCGCUGGUCCGGUAACCCUUUCGCCGGGGUCCGGGUCGGUGAGGCAUCGCACCCUGGACCGGAAGCACCGAAAGGGCUCGACCUUGGUUGGCUUAGCUUUCUUGGCCCGGGCCUCCUUGACUCGAUCAAGCAGGCCAUCCAGUCCCUCGUGCAACAGGCGCGCCGGCGCCUCAAAGCCAAGUCUCGCAAGGCAGUUGCCAACAAAAGGGCGGCAGGAGUUGAGCUCCGGCAGCAAGAUUGGGAUAGCGAAAUCGUUCGCUACGAAGUGCUGGCUUCCAAGCUUGAGGCCUCCCAGGGUACCUUCAAAGCCGUCAUUCGUUGCGGUAAGGGCCAACUUAGCACCGCCCGGACCCUCCUGCAAGGAUCGGGCAAGCCUCAUAGCGUGCUCUUAAUAGAGUUUUGCAAGGAUGCCCCAAAGGACACUUCGAAGGAGGAGCCGUCGCCCUCCAGCAAGGCCGUGCGGCAGCGGGUGCCGGAGUUUGCCACGGCUGAGGUCUGGAAGAAGUUUGGCUCUGCUCCGCGUGAUGCCAUCGCCCACUGGGCGGCCACCUCGCGCGUUCACAUCGUUGAUGCCUUUAAGUGGUCUGAAGAGGUCCUUCCAGGUAACAAACGUCAGGUUUAUGGAGUCAUCCGUGUUCCAGAGCCCGAUGCUCCCGCUUUGCUUGUGCAAUCCGGUGCCGGCGGUGUCUUCAUUUCGGUACCAAAGGCUGCUGCUAGCUCGCAGUAUGUGCAAUGGAUCCCAAGGAACACCUCUGAGCCUAGUGCUGCUUACCUUGCCCGUGCCUUUUGUGCCAAAGGGUCUUUGUCUUUGGGGCUUGUGUUCCGCGGCUCUAACCUUGGAAGCCGGCACCACGCCGACGCUAAGACCCUCAUCCCGCGCAUUUGGAUCUUGGAAGGCCUGCCCUCAAUCCUUGAUAUGGAGCAGGCCAAGACGGUACUGGAGCCGCUGUUUCGUGACCUUAGCAUCAUUCGGCAAGUUCGCAAAAACGGCUCGAAGCAGUUCAUCUUUAGAGGUGCGUGCCUUCGAGGCAACGAGACUGACCUCGUCAAGGCGCACGGCGCACAGGCAUCCCAUGUUGCAUGGGCCCGGCUGGCUCCUCCCAAAGGUGAGAAUGGCUCCGCAAACGAUGCAACAGGGAAGCCGCAGCCUGCGGCCAAGCGGCAAAAGGCUCUCCUCCGGCAGGUCCCUGAAGGCACCAAGCUGAUGCCACAGGACAAGGAUGGCAACUGCAUGUACCGCUCCAUUGCGUGUGCCCUCAACCACGGGCGAAAGGAGGCCUCCUUCCAUCACCUUGAGCUUCGCGCUCGUGUUGCUUCUCACCUUGAGGAGCACGGCUCGUGGUACGAGGAAGAGUGGAAAGCUGAUAAUUGCAAAGGCCCGGAUGGCACACCCCUUCCCAACUGGGCGGCCUUUGUUGCGGCUGUGGCAAAGCCGGGCUCUUUCUCAGGAGACAUCGAAUUGAAGGCCCUCUGCAAGUUGUGCAAAAUCAAGGUCGUCCUCAUUCCUGAGGACCCUGCCUUUGCUGUUGUUGCUUACAGCAAAAAGUGGCACUCUAAGACUCACUGUGUGUUUUACACCUCGAACCACUUUGACUACCUGGCACCGGUCGGUGAUGCAUACAGCAAAGAGCUGCUUGAUGUUUCGGCUGACCCGAACGGCGGGUUCCUCGUUGGUGGGUUGUCCGAGCUCGCCACUGAGUCUAGUAGCAGCCGUUGUGCCGGCACCCGUGCCGCGGACCUUCGCACGGAGACUUCGCGGCGCUCCAAAGGCCGCUCCGGUGUCACCCCUGUCACCCGGCAGGCUGCAGGCGCAAGGCUAGGUCCGAAGAAGCUCCGGGCAAGCGGCUCCGCACUGUGUCCUCGGCCGUUUCGUGUGCUCCUCAGUCUGAAGCGUCAGGUCUGGCUCCCGGAGCCUCCGCCGGAGCUUGCAGUCCUUGAUGGUUUCGUCGAGCCCCGGAAGCGCCCUACCAAGAUCCGAUGCCGGUCUUCUACACCUUCUGCCGCCUUUGCCCCUGGACCCGCCAGUGCCGUGACCACGACCAGGCUGCCAGCGUGCAAAAACAGCACUUUGUCAUCCACCACCCUGGCCUCACUCCCACUGGACAGUGCCCGUGUGUGCGCGGUUCCCAGCUCAGCUUGGUGCGCGACAUUGGCAAAGCUUCGGCGUGGUGGCGGUGUCCGCUGUGUCCCCAGGGCAUCGACUUUGACACUGGCAACGCCUCGCCGCGUGCGCGCAUCCUGCAGGCCAUUCGCCAGCACAAAACCUCUUAAGUGGGCCAAGCUGUCCUGCCGGGACCGGGCCGAAAAGGCGACGGUCACGAGGUUCAAUGCCAGCUCUGCCGCUCUCAUCUCGCAGAAAGCACACCUGCUUGCAAAGUUCGAGGUGUUUCGCUGGCCACGCAAGGAGCACGCGGCGACCAAUUGCCCCAACAAGGCUGCGUCGGGCCUGCUUAAGACUUGGGCCCACGGCGAGGCAAAGGCGCGAGGCAUUGCCCUUUUCGACCAGGCUUUGGCUUUCAAUGCCGCGUCCAGGGGUGUCUCUUGUGGCGCGGCGCUUCGCCCGAUCUUGGUGCGUCAUUCCUUUGACCUCGUUGCCAUUAGUGAGGCUCAUAUCCCUGCGGCCUCCCGUGUUGCCUUUGCUGCCGAGUGGAAGCGGUACGGGUGGUCGGUGGUUUUCAGCGCCCCCGAGAAGCAAUACUGUCAGGUGUGCCUCCUGUCCCAAAUCCCUCUUAAGCAGGUCUCGGUCUGCAGCCAAGACGGUGCCACCCGGCACGCGGCAGCCCUCCUCGACCUCAAAAGCGCCCGUGGAAAUGCCCAGGCCAGUGACAUUCUUGCAGGUGCCCAGUCCUCUGGUCGGCGGUGCCUCGUCUUUGGCGAUUGGCCGUGCUCCGUGCAGCUUCGCUUCUCUCCGGGUGUCCUUAAGGCGGCGAUGCAGUCUAUGCAUGGCAAGGCUGCUGGUGCUGACGACUGGAGGCCCUCUGAGAUGAUCCAUCUCCCCUGGUCUUGGUGGGACUUAGCCUCGCAGCUUUGGUCCACCAUUGUUGAAGUCCGCAGGGUCCCGUGCAUCUGGAAACAAGCCAGGGUAGCUUUGUUGUGGAAAGCGAGACAGAGGACGAGGCCCAUUUCGCUUCUCCCGGCAGCCGGCGCACGGUGCAUCAAAGAUCAGCUCAAGCCAUGGCUAGACAGCUGGCAGGAGUCUCAUGUCAUGGGAGGUUUGCCGGCCACCUCGGUGGCCACCAGCCUUAUGCAAAUCCGUAGGGCGUUUGAUGAGGGUUGCUCUUGCUUUGCCCAGCUUGACAUUGCAUCGUACUUUGACACCAUUGGGCCCUUUGUGCUCCGUCGGCGCAUGGCUCAUUUGCACCUGCCUCAGGACAUCUCGGACCUUCUUGGAAAUUUUUACCAGGGGGUCCAGCGCAUCUUUUGCAUGAGCCAGGCACUUUCUGGGCGGUGGCGGGAAAUCUCCACAGGGCUCGCUCAAGGGUGCCCGCUCUCUCCGAUACUGGCCUCGGCGAUCGGGCACAUCUGGUGUUGCUGGAUCAAGGCCUCCCGCCCGCCUGAUAUGCCCAGAUGCCUCAGUUACGUUGACGACCGCACGCUUUGGGUGCCUGCUGGUGGCCCCUGCUCUGCUCUGCAGCUCCCUCUGCGUCGUUCUCGGGAGUUUGACCAGGCCUUCGGCUUUGCAUUGUCUUUAGACAAGAGUGCCAUUGUCACCCGGGACCCUGAUCCCUGUGCCGAUGCCCUUGCUGCUGAGUUUGGUUUUAAACGGGCUGCCACGCUCGAAAUCCUGGGGGUGCAAGCUUCUUUCGAGUCCGAGUGGCGCCUCCUUAAGUUUCAAGUGUUACGCUUGAACCUGCUGCGCACGGUGACCUCCAACCGCCGUACGCACUGUCAGCUCUUGGCCUCCCUUGUCACGCCGUGCUUUGCAUGGGCUGCGGGGUUUGCGCGCCCUGCACCCGAGGAGCUCUCCAAGGUCCGUGGCGCAGUGGUGCACCUUUUCGGCAAAUGCUUCACGGGGCAGGCUGCUACUGUUUUGGUCUUCGAGGCCACGGGCUGGAAGCUCGAGCCGGAGUUCGCCUGCGAGAGCCCUCCGUGUCCUUUGGCGCUCCUGCGCAGUGACGCCGGCCUGGUUGGACACAGCGCCGAUUUCGCAGGCCACGUUUGA